GCUGGCCGCUACAGAAUUGCCGCCCGUGACCCUUGCUAAAGCGGGAGCUUUCUUUUCUUCUAGCAUUAUCCGCCGAGAGAGAUAGAGAUAGAGAUUUGAGAUAGAAGUCCGGCCACUUGGUACAUCGAUUUAUAAGGCCUUAGCUAGGCGGCCAUGGGUUCCUGCGUGUCGUCGACGAGGCAGCGGCGGCGGUCGAGGAAGCUGUCGGUGGCGGCGAGGAAGUUCCGGCGGAAGGUCUCCGCGGCGAUCGCCGACGCGCCGAUCAUCCGCGGUGCCGGCGGCGCGGCCCGCUGCCUCGCGCGGCACGGGGUCGUCCACGUCGAGGCGCCGGACUCCAACGUCACGCUGCACCUCACCAAGCUGCAGUGGCAGCACAGCCAGAUGGACGCAGGGAGUGUGAUUUGUGAGGAAGCAUGGUACGAUUCCGUCAGCAUCCUAGAAUCCACGGACUCCGACGACGACCUCGACAACGAUUUCGCCAGCGUCAGCGGAGAUCCUCUCCCUGAUGUCACCGGCGGUGGAAAUGCGCAGCAGACGUCCCCGUGCAAGGACGCGGCGUGCUUGUUGGACACCGUGCAGCGCCUCAGGAGCAUUGCAAAUGCAGAAGCAUGCGAGGGUGACCCCCCUGAGAAGAGCGAUGACUCGAAUGCUCCUACCACUGCAACUAAUGGUAGUAGCUGCAAAGCUGAGGAGUGUUGCAGCAGUGCGAUGAGAGAAUUGCAGAGUUCAGUAUCAUGCUCGCCUCGGCCUUUUCCGUCGUCGAUUCCGAGCAACAAGGUCCAGCCGAUGCCGAUCGUCGGUGUCAGCCCGCACCAACAGCAGAAGAAGAAAACAGCCGUGGUCAGGCUCUCAUUCAGGAGAAGGUCAUACGAGGGUGACGAGAUGACUGAACUGACUGGUUCUGCAAAUUAUUUGUACCGUCCGAGGGCGGGUUUCACAGUGCCCUGCUCCACAAACGAGAAGAUUUCAGAUGGUUGCUGGUCGGUACUUGAGCCGUCAAACUUCAAAGUCCGAGGGGAGAGUUUCUUCAAAGAUAAGAGGAAGUCCCCUGCUCCAGACUGCUCCCCCUACACCCCAAUUGGAGCAGACAUGUUCGCAUACACAAGGAAGAUUCACCACAUUGCACAGCACCUCUCGCUUCCAUCAUUGAAGACUCAUGAGACGUUUCCUUCCCUCCUCAUUGUCAACAUUCAGUUGCCUACCUAUCCUGCUACCGUGUUCGGCGAUAACGACGGUGAUGGGAUAAGCCUAGUUCUGUAUUUCAAGCUAUCUGACAGUUUCGACAAGGAGAUCUCUCCUCAAUUGCAGGACAGCAUCAAGAGGCUUAUGAAUGAUGAAAUGGAAAAGGUGAAGGGGUUCCCAGUAGACAGCACGGUUCCCUACACAGAGAGGCUGAAAAUUUUGGCUGGUUUGGCAAACCCUGAUGACUUGCAGCUCAGCACAGCUGAGAGGAAGCUUGUGCAGACCUACAACCAGAAGCCUGUGCUAUCUCGCCCACAACACAAAUUCUACAAGGGUCCAAAUUACUUCGAGAUUGAUCUCGAUGUGCAUCGGUUCAGCUUCAUAUCGAGGAAAGGGCUCGAGACCUUCCGGGAGCGGCUCAAGCAUGGGGUUCUUGAUCUUGGCCUAACCAUUCAGGCACAGAAGACUGAGGAGCUGCCGGAGCAUGUCUUAUGCUGCAUGAGGCUGAACAAGAUCGACUUCGCCGACAACGGGCAGAUACCGACGCUGAUAACGGCAGCUGAUGAGUAAAUCUGUCAUGUCGCUGCAAUGCACUAACUUUCAGGAAAAGCAAAGGAAGAGAGCGUUGUUCGUAGAUGUUCUUGAGAUGCUGUUGUAUAGAUCGGCAGAUAGUCGUAGGAACCAACUAACUCAUGACAUGUUCGUGCAGUAAAGUGCACGCAGAUUUGUGUAAAUACUCGUUGAUCAUUGCCCCAAAAGAAAGAAAGAAAAAUGACAUUGGGAGCAAAAUCUGCAGUCUGAAGAUGUAUGUACAUCAUGUCUGUUUUUCCAGUUGAUGCCUACUAA